AUGACAGAACUACCACCAUUACAACAACAACAACAACAACAAUCGCAAGGUAUCGGAGGAGGAAAACACAAGAAAAAACAUAAUGGUUUGAUUGAUAAUGCAUCAGUCUUUUUCCCUACAUCUGGACCUAUCAAACAUUAUUUUGCAUUGUUUAUUGGUUAUGCUGUUAAAUUAUUCACAUUAGAGGAUGGUAUCGAUUUAUAUCGUCAUGGUUGUUUUGGUAAAGGCAAUCUUUCUAGAUCGGAACCAGUCUAUAACUCUAGGUCUAACAAUAGUAAUGGAGGAGGAGAUCAAAAAAGAGUUACAAAAGGAGGUUUUCAUAUAAAGAAAAAAGUAAAGAUAAAUAAUCAAAAUAAUCAAAAUAAUAAUACAAAUAAUAAUAAUAAUAAUGCGACGGCAUCAACAGAAAAUAAUGAAAAUAUAACAUUUGAAGAAUAUCUACAACUUAGUUUAUAUGAAGCUUUCUAUUUAUCAUAUUCAUUUGGAUGUUUAACAAUAUUAAGAUAUCCAAAUGAUAAUGAAAUAGAUGAAAUAGAAAUUGAAGAAAAAGGAGAAGAAAAGGAAGAAAAAUUAAAUUUACGUAAAUAUGUUAGAAUGACAAUAGAAGAAUGUUGGAUAAAAUUUAAUCAAUAUGAUAAAUCAUUUUUAUAUGGAUAUAUAGUUUAUCAUCAUUUUCGAUCGAUUGGAUGGAUAGUAAGAUCUGGAUUAAAAUAUGGAUGUGAUUUUGUGCUAUAUAAACUUAGUCCUGAACUCAUACAUGCUCAAUAUGCAAUCAUUGCCAAACCAACCAAAGAAUUAUUAUCACUGUUGGAGAGGAUGGGAUUGGAUACUAGGACAAUGGAAGGAUUAUCACCAAAGAUUGAUGAAACUUGGGAAAGUCUAAGUUGUAUGAAUAGAGUAUCUGAAAAUGUUUCAAAAGGAAUUAUUAUUUGUAAUGUUUUAACAAAAGAUAAAGAAGAAAAAGAAUUGGAAAUUAUUAAAUCUUUAGAACAAAUAGAAAAUGAAAUAAUAAGAGAAGAGGAGGAAAAAUUAAAUAUUAGAUUAUCAUUAUUACUUGUAAUGUUGUCAGAAGGACAUUUUAAAAUUAAUAUUUGGUCAUUUAAUCGUUGGUUACCAACUAAAGCUAGAAUUAAUAAUAAUAUAGAAACAAAUAAACCUAAAACCACCACUAGUAGUACUGAGGGAUGA